ACUGUCCCCCCGUGAGCAAGGGGAAUUUAGGGUGUGUGGUGUAUGGGGUUCCAGCCGUACCCAAGGAACGGUGACUAAGGAGCUUUCCAGGAGGGUUCUGGCUGGAGAGAACAAGACCAGCGCGUGAUCAGACCUUGGGUGACUAACACACACACACACACACACACACACACACACAGGACCACUUGUUGCCCGCCGUCCGGGGCACCGUGCCCCUCCUCACCAAGAUGGCAGCCACCCCCAUGCCACCCUACCGUUGCGGGUUACGGUUUCAAUCACAAGCCACACCAUCAUCCAUACCACUGUAAAAAGUCAUGAUUCACGCUUUACGUCACCAGUAAACGCACCCUUGAUCAUGAUAAAUCUUCAACAGAAUCCAUUAAUUUCAAUCACAAUUGUUUAUAAUCCUAAUAUAUUUAUUUUCUUCUGCAAAUACUUGCACUUUAAUUACAUCAUCAUCAUCAUAAUCAUGUCUUCAUAAAAUACGUGCAGAGGAAGGGUUACAACUGAAUAUCUUGAAAAGGAAAUAGUUAUAGUCAUUUGCCUCAGCACAACCGCGAAGCACCAAACGAAGAACAGACUGCGGCAGCCUUCCAGUGGUUACAAUGCCUAGUGACAACAGACGAGUCGUAUGCAGUAUUAUUGCAACAACAAAAACAACAACGGUGGUACGGAAAUUAUGAAGGAACUAGAGAGACUUGUCGUUUGGCCCUGAUCCUCGUAAGACGAUCACCGACUUAUCUUCCGCUAGUGAGGCUUCGGCAGGGCGGCCAACGUGACGAGUCAGGCGCCGUCCCGGGAAUGCCUGCGGCAGACCAUGAACGGCUAGUCUCGGGCCUGCUCGGGGGAGUGAGGGAAGCAAGACUAUCCAUCCUCGGAGAAGAUGCUUGCGGUGGCGGUGUGGGCGUGGGUGUGUGCCGCGGGCGUGGGCUGGGCGUCGGGGGAAUGCGUGGCAGCGGCGGAGGGCGCGGUGGAGACUGUGGAAGGGGACGCAGCCAUCACCCUCCUCCUGCCUCUUCACAACGGGCCCAAGUGCGACCAGCUGGACCUGACAUCUGUCCAAAUCAUGGAGGCGACGAAGCUGGCGGUGGAGAAGGUCAACUUUUUGGGUCUCGUGCCCGGCGUCCGGCUGGGGCUUCGCAUGGCAGACACCUGUGGCUUAGAGGGACAGAGUGUGAAGGCGGCAGUGCAAGCUUGGGCAGCAGAUGCUUUCACGUGUCCCCAGCCAGUCUUCACUCUUGGCUACUUGGGCCCUGGUGACACACACUCGGCGUCUGCAGUAAGCAGAGCCAUGCACACCCUGGGCACCCCCGUGGUGGCAUACGGCCCACGUUCUACCACUGGCGAUGGCCCAAUUGAUUUGGUGUCCCCAGCCCCUUACCGCUCAAUGAAAGCAGUGGCGCAAAUGCUGAUUGGUGCAGGUGUGCAGGCGGUAAGUGUGGUGCACACAGCUGAUCCGGAGGGCAAGACGCUAAGCGAGUACUUUGUGAUGGCAGCCGAGUAUGUGUAUGUAUGUGUGGAUACAGUGCUUAAGGAGGAUGACAGUACCCGCAUGGCCGCCUUGCUGCGGCCUGGUCCAGGCACCAUCGUUAUCCUGGGAACCCGACACAGGGUGCAGCGCCUGGCCCAGGUUCUGGGUCAAGACGGGGGCCCUGCUGAGGUUCUCGUCCUUGUUGAGACGGGUGGUCCUGUACCCCAGGUGGAGCUGGCCAAGGUAGACACCCCAACACUACUCCUUCAGCGCAUGGCUCCAGUCUUGUCUGAGUUCCAGCUGUUCCUUGAGCGAGACAUGGGUGAGACUGAUUCUCUCCGGCGUCGUUACCUCGCUGCAGUAUCUGACUGUGCCACCUGCAGCGGCUACUUCGGAUAUGAUGCCGCUGCCCCGGCUGCCAUCGCUGCCGUCCUCAUGUAUGUUGAGGCAUUGCGCAAAGCAAAGACAACCCAUUGUCAGGAGCAAGAAGGCUUCUGCCCAGCGCUAAAAGCUCUGGAGGCCUCUGUGUGGCGCGAGUUGCUGACGACUGCUUCCUUGCAAGAAGUGGCCAAAACAGCCUUUCCUGAACUGCUCCAGGCAGGUUUGGAGCCUGGGAAUGAGGACAUGCCUCGGUACAGAAUCAAGCUUCUUAAAGAUGGGAACCUAACACAGGUUGGUCAAGCUGAUGAGGCCUCAGCAGUAAUGGGAUUGAUAGAGCCUCUGGAGACGCGUUGCAGUAGCCAGUGUCCUUGUCACCCCGUCGCGAGCAACCCCCCUUCCACGACAGGUCUGGACAUCAUGGGCGGUGCAGAGUGGUGGGACUGGAGACUUCCAAACACUACCAAUUUGUCUGGAGGGGAGAUGGCUGCCUAUGCCACAGCCUUCUCCUUCCUCAUCCUAGUAUUCCUUAGCUCCAGUAUGAUCUGCAUCUACAACAUAAUAAAGUCCCCCAGAAGAAAUUAAGCAUGUCAAGAAAGUCAACUGCAAAUGUUCAUGAGUGCUUACUGGUGAGAUGUCACUACUCAACCUCUGUUUAUCUCUUUUCAAGAUGCUCAUCUAUGUCACAUUAACCCUUGGGUAAGUGAUGGAAGAACCCAUUACUCUGGGAAAAAGGAUCAGUGUGACAUGUAGGGUGCCACAGUUUACCUCCCCCACUUCCCCAAAGGUACCCACUGACUGACCAGACCAAAUGGGAGUAUGAAGAGUUUGGUGGACUGCAAACAGCUGUCCAAGUCAGGAUUGAACUGGACCUGCAGAUUUGUAGCUAGGCAUGCUAACCAAUACAUCACUGAGGCACUGUGUUCACAUAUACACACUAUGAUAAAAUAGCUUUCAAAGAUGAGACACUUGGAGUUUAACUCAAUUCUGUAAAAAUACAUAUAGGUAGGAAAGUGUUCCUCCCUCUUUCAGGUGUUCACAGGAAAACAAGCAGUCAUAGUAUAACUAUAUACAUUUAUUUGUUGCCUUACACUAUGAAUAUUCUGAGUGUACGGAGCCUUUCCCUGAUGACAAGCGAAGCAAUGUUGAACAUGAAGAAAGACCUGGUAGCAUUAAAUGCAAUGACUCCAGCCACCUGUUUUAGUUCUACACCUUUCAUUACAUAUUAAAAAGAUGCCUCCCAUGAUUGAGGUAUGCAGUAUUCCUAUGCUUUGUUGAGCUUAUUCAAAUAUGACUGUGUGUGUGUGUAUUUACCUAGUUGUGAUAUACAGGAAGCGAGCUAUGCUCGUGUAGUCCCGUCUUGGAGUCUCAAUUGGUCAAACUUCUCUUUAAACCCGUUAUGUUUCUGGAUUGAGCAACAUCUUUGUCUAGGUUGUUCCACUGGUCGAUGCAUCUAUUGGGGAAGCUAUAAUUCUUUACAUCUUUCAAGCAACUUGUCUUUCUCAGCUCCCUUUCAUGUUGUGUGUGUUUAUUUACAGUACCUAUUUGUAGUAUACAGGGCCUGAGCUCAAGCUCGGUCAGUCCUGUCUCCCAAUCUAUAUUUGUUUAGCUUUUCCUUCCUUUUAUGGACACUGCCUACUUCAAUGAUGUCUUUGCUAAGUCGAUUCCAUGUCUCCACAUUCCUGUAUGGAAAACUCAACUUCUUUAGGUCUUUCAAACAAGUCCCCUUUCUCAAUUUCUUACUGUGUCUUCUUAGUUGCCUCCUCCCUUCCAUCUCGAUUAAAUAAUUUCUAUCCAACACUUCCAUUCCACUCAUAUUCCUGUACAACGCUAUCAGGUCUCCUCUUUCUCUUCUUUCUUCCAGUGUUGGUAAGCCCAGUUCAUCUAAUCUAGUCUUGUGUAUUUACCUAGUUGUGAAAUACAGGAAAAGAGCCGUACUAGGCUCGUGCUGUCCCGUCUCCAUAACGCUUAUUAUCCAGAAACUUGUGCAGAAAGUGAGGUGUGUGUGUGUGUAUGUGUGUGUGUGUGAGUGUGUGUGUCAAUCUAAAAAAGAUACACAUCACCACCUAUACAACCACCUGCUUCAAUCAAGAGUAUUAUGUCAUUGUAAACAAAGCGGUACAUAAAAGAACUUUUAGUGACAGCUGCAAUUGUAAAUAUCUACAUACAUAAAUAAACAGACAAGCUUG